GCUACGCGCGGCGGCCCCGGGCCAGUCUGAGGCGAGGAUGCGGCGCAUGAAGGUGGUUCUGGGGCACUUGCAGGGCGGGGGGCCGCCCCGGCUCCUGGCCGCCCCCUGCCUGGCCCUCUCCGGCCGGGCCCACCCGGAGGACGUGGUGGUGGUCCAUGGGCGGAGGACCCCCAUCGGGAAGAGCAAGCGGGGGGGCCUCAAGGAUACUACACCUGAUGAACUUCUGGCUACAGUCAUGACAGCUGUCCUGAAAGAUCUCCAACUGAAGCCUGAGGAGCUGGGGGAUAUCUGUGUAGGAAAUGUCCUUCAACCUGGUGCUGGCGCAUUAACAGCAAGAAUUGGACAGUUUCUAAGUGGUAUUCCAGAGACUGUUCCAUUAUCUUGUGUCAAUAGGCAGUGUUCAUCUGGAUUGCAAGCUGUGAUCAAUAUAGCUGGAGGCAUCAGAAACGGGUCUUACGACAUUGGCUUGGCUUGUGGAGUAGAAAGCAUGUCUCUGCGCAGCGUCGGUAAUCCCGGGGACGUCAGCUCCCGUAUGAUGGAGAACAGCAAUGCCCGAGAUUGCCUGAUCCCAAUGGGAAUAACUUCAGAGAACGUGGCAGAAAGAUUUGGGGUCUCCAGGGAAAAGCAAGACGCUUUUGCUUUGGCUUCCCAGCAAAAGGCAGCCCGAGCCCAGCACAUGGGGUGGUUUAAAAACGAGAUUGUUCCCGUAACGACGACCAUCACUAACGACCAGGGCAAGGAGGAAACGAUCUCUGUGCUUCAGGACGAAGGGAUCCGACCAGGCACCACGCUGGAAGGGCUGGCCAAGCUGAAGCCCGCCUUCAAGGAGAACGGAACCACCACAGCUGGUAAUUCCAGCCAGGUGAGUGACGGCGCUGCCGCUGUUCUCCUGGCCAGACGCUCCAGAGCCUCCCAGCUGGGCCUCCCUGUCCUGGGGGUGUUGCGGUCCUAUGCCGUGGUUGGAGUCCCACCGGAUGUCAUGGGCAUAGGGCCAGCCUAUGCCAUUCCAGCAGCACUGGAAAAGGCUGGUUUGACUGUGAAGGAUAUUGAUAUCUUUGAAAUCAAUGAAGCCUUUGCUAGUCAGGCCUUGUAUUGCGUGGAGAAGCUGGGCAUCCCCCUGGAGAAGGUCAAUCCCCUAGGUGGCGCCAUUGCCCUGGGGCACCCUCUGGGUUGCACGGGAGCUCGGCAGGUGGUCACUCUCCUCAACGAGCUGAAGCGGAGAGGGAAGAGAGGGUAUGGUGUGGUCUCCAUGUGUAUUGGGACAGGCAUGGGAGCAGCAGCGGUGUUUGAGUACCCAGGCAACUGACCUCCCGGGGUCCUAACUCCUGGAAUCGUCCAGCAGCUAUGAAUGGUCUCAGCACACUGGCUUCAUGAAUCCGUCCAAUGAAAAGAUGCUCCAAGUUACAGCCUGCAGGUGGAGCGUAUCCCACAGCACCCUUCUUUCGCUCACUAUUGGUGAUUCACAGCCCUGCCUAUCAGGGUCCCUGCCUCCGCCCAAGGUGGUGAUAUCCCAGUUUCUACUUUGUUUCCUUGAAGAAUCUUACCCUGUGGUCCAUAAUCUCUUGGGCCUCCCUUAUCUUAAGAGGAACUGAUCUUUGGCACCAGUGCCUGAUUUCUGAAUAAGGAAUGUAGUGGUCCGGAGGGCUGUUCCGGUUUGCACAGGUAGAUCCGUGCAGGAAGCUAAUAAUAGUAAUAACAAUAAGAUACAUUAACUCGUAGGGAAAUCCCUCUCCGAGCAGCUUGUUGAAUAACAGGUACAGAUAGCUGCAGAACUACCGAGGAGGCGGGUGGAGGGUUUGCUUUGCUUAGGGAAGCACCAUCCAAUGUGGGGAGCAGGUCAACAAAUCAGAGUUGGAAAGGAGAUCCUAUUGUAGAUUAAGUCAGAGUUUGCUACAUUUAAAGCGUCCCGGACAAGAUGAGGGUCCAAACGCAGCUCCCGCUAGCUCUGAACUGAUUUGAAGACUUGUCAGCUAACUUUGUAUCGUUGGACUAAUUGAUUAAAUUUAAAUUAGUGCAA